ACAAGAACUCUGUGCCUCCUCUAGGGACAAAAAUGUCCUGCCAGAUUCCUCCUGGAAAAAACCUCUGCUCCUCUCCCAUCUCUUCUCCCCUGCCAGGUCCCAGGUUUCCCAUCUCCUAGGAAAAGACGGAUCCCCCGUCCAAAUCUUCCCUGCGGUGUGUGUGGGUGGACGAGUGGACCAUGGUCCAGGCAGGGGCUCCAGGGAAGAGAAGGCGUCACUUCCGGGGGCCUUCACCAGUGUCUGGUGGCUCCCUGCUCUGAUUGGGCAGAAGUGGCCUGGGCAGGCGUGUGACCCCACUGCCGUGGAAGGGCUGUGCCCCAACACCACAUGUCUUCCUACCCAUCUGCUCCCCAGAGUGCUGCGUGCUGUGCACUUGGGUCCUUCAGCGCUUCACCGGGAUAGAUUCCAACCCUCUUCCUCAGCCCACCUUUGCCCCACCCUACUCUGCCCAGAAGUGCAAGAGCCCAAGCCGCCUCCAUGGCCCCAGGAAGGAUUCAGGGGAGAGGCCCCAUACAGGGAGCCACUCCAGCCAGACAACCCGGCCAGAAUGAAGAGGACUGAUUUGCUCCUCGUGGUCAUGCUUCUCUUAACUGCAAGACUACCUCUGUCCAGCCCAGCUCCUCCUGCCUGUGACCCCCGGCUCCUCAAUAAACUGCUUCGUGACUCCCAUGUCCUUCACAGCAGACUGAGCCAGUGCCCAGACGUUAACCUUUUGUCCACACCUGUCCUGCUGCCUGCUGUGGACUUUAGCUUGAGAGAAUGGAAAACCCAGACGGAGCAGACCAAGGCACAGGACAUUCUGGGAGCAGUGACCCUUCUGCUGGAGGGAGUGAUGGCAGCACGAGGACAACUGGGACCCACCUGCCUCUCAUCCCUCCUGGGACAGCUUUCUGGACAGAUCCGCCUCCUCCUUGGAGCCCUGCAGGGCCUCCUUGGAACCCAGCUUCCUCCACAGGGCAGGACCACAGCUCACAAGGAUCCCAACGCCAUCUUCCUGAACUUCCAACAACUGCUCCGAGGAAAAGUACGUUUCCUGCUGCUUGUGGGAGGACGCACCCUCUGUGUCAGGCGGGCCCUACCCACAACAGCUGUCCCAAGCAGUACCUCUCUAUUCCUCACACUGAACAAGCUCCCAAACAGGACUUCUGGAUUGCUGGAGACAAACUCCACUGUCUCAGCCAGAACUACUGGUUCUGGACUUCUGAACAGGCAGCAGGGAUUCAAAGCCAAGAUUCCUGGUCUGCUGAACCAAACCUCCAGGUCCCUGGACCAAAUCCCUGGAUACCUGAACAGGACACACAAACUCUUGAAUGGAACUCAUGGACUCUUUCCUGGACCCUCACCCAGGACUCUAGGGGCCCUGGACAUUUCCCCAGGAACAUCGGACACAGGCUCCCUGCCACCCAGCCUCCAGCCUGGAUAUUCCCCUUCCUUGACCCAUCUGCCCACUGGACAGUACACACUCUUCUCUCCUUCACCCGCCUCACCUACCCCUGCAGUCCAGCUCCACACCCUGCUUCCUGACCCUUCUGCUACCACACCCAACACUACCAGCCCUCUUCUAAUCCCAGCCCACCCUCACUCCCAGAAUCUGUCUCAGGAAGGGUAAGGUACUCAGGCACUGCCAGCAUCAGCACUGUGUCUCAGGUACCAUUCCCUUCCCUAGGGAGAGUCCUUGGGAGACAACUGCAGCUAUACCAGAUUGCCUGAUUUCACCUGAAACCCAAAGCCCUGGUAAAGGGUGACACACAGACAGAAAGGACAGAAAAAGGGAUCAUUUUUCAUUAUACAUUACAAAACUUUAGAAGCUAUUUUUUUUAAGCUAUCAAUGAUAUUCAUCAAAGCAGCUAGUUAUCUUUGGUCUAUUUUCUGUACAAAUUUGCAACUAAUCCUCUAUGUGCUUUUUCAUAUAAUAAUUCUACAAAGACCUGGACUGGCCCAGCCUUUGAACAGAGGUUGGGACUAACCUUGUGUCAGAAAAGAAAGGGUAUUUUCCUUUGCUUCAAGUUUAAGGCCUUCCAAUGCCCCAUAUCCUUUACUACCAUUCUCAGUGGGACUCUGUUUGAUCCCCUAUUCUUAAGAGAUACCUACUCUUGAGAAAUGAAUAAGUUGUCUCUCAGAAA